AUGUCUUCGAUGGAUGGUAAAAGUCAAUCGACUCGAUUUAAUUCAAAAACUCCAAGAAAAACAUCUCAACAUGUUGCUUUGAACACUCCUCGAAAUACAAUUCAUGAACCUACUACUACAAUGAAUGAACCACUUGUUUCAAAUCCAGUCGUGAUGAUUACAACGACACAUCCCUCGACUAUAAAUUCUCAAUCGACUCGAAUUGGUAACAAUUAUGUGAGUAAGAUUGCAUUGGUGGAUGAGGAAGGAAAGAUUGUUGCCAAUCUUGAAAAUGAUACUCUGGGAGUUGUCACAAUUAGUAAUAGUUGUGGCCAUGGACAAAAUAUUCGAAGAAAAAGUAAAUCUCAAUCGACUCGAAUGAAUCAUUCGAUGGCUAUGCAAGCAAUGGCUGUGUUGUUGACAAGUACUGAAACAAUUCCAACUUGUCAACAACGUGUCAUGAAAAAUACUAACCAACGACUCUCUGUGAAUAUGAGUAACAGUGUCAGCAGUGUGAAAGACAAGAGUGAACAAGAUGGACCAGUUUCACAAUUCAAACAGAAAAUUCGUAGGAAGAGUAUUGCAUUUACCAAAAAGAUGAGAUUUUUUGAUUCAGCGGAUUCCAUGGAAGGAGAUGCGUUUGUGGAAUAUGCUUAA